UUUGUUACCGACACUAUCCACGACCGUACAAACGCGUGGUCGCCCGCCACACGUUUGUCUAACCACCACCGCGAUAUUCGACACCAGACAAUCUGACUCAACAUGGCCACGAAGCCAUCUAGCCGUCAGAAAGCGACCAAGACGUCCUCUGGACCAUCGCGCAAGCAGCAGAGGCCCGCGCCGGUCAAGAAACAGCCCUUCUCGAAUGCGGAUCGCUUGAAACGACUGUUCACGUCUCUCUGCGCGCAGAUAGACGGCGGGUACUUUGUGAACGCAAUCAAGACCUGCGACAAGAUACUGCGAGUCGACCCGCGAGACCAGGACGCGCUGCAGACGAAGCUCUUCCUGCUCUUACAGACGGAGCAGUAUGCCACGGCGCUGGCUUUGAUCAGUGUUGUGAAUACACAGAGUGGCCAGGGCAAGGACGACGCGUUCUCGUUUGAGAAGGCCUACACGCUUCACCGUUUGCAUCGAGAGGACGAGGCGACGGACGUACUGAAAUCACUCAAGGACGGAGGCGACGUGGAGGACAACAGAGGAGUUGCCCACUUAGAGGCCCAGCUAGCUUAUCGUGAAGGCGAGUACCAAACAGCCUACGAUCUAUACAACACACUCCUCGACACGGCCGAACCCCACUCGGACGAGCAAGCCGACAUCUUGACCAACCUCUCCGCCGCACAGGCACAUCUCGACUUCCUCACGUCCGGCUACCUCACGUCCCUCUCCGCACUCCCCCAGUCUCUCACAGACUCCCUUGAGUCCGCUCCUCCGCCCGUGGCUGUCGCGCCCUCGAUCCCGACUGCGGCGGCUCAAGGUAGGGACGCCCCGCAGCCUGAAGCCCCGCAGAAGAAGCCGCGGGCACGCAGGAUACCGAAGGGUGUCGUCCCUGGGGUUACACCACCGCCCGACCCAGAGAGGUGGCUCAAGAAGAGCGAGCGCUCGAGCUUCCUGCAAGCGCAUGCCAGGCGGAGAGGAAGGGGCGGAGGAGGAGCGACGCAAGGAGUAGUGGAGACACCUGGUGCAGUAGCCGCCGGCGGAGGUGGUGGUGGAAGCUCAGGCAAAGGAAAGAAGAAGGGAAAGAAGUAGAGUUGAGGCGCACAUAACGGUGAAUGCAAUACAUUACUUGGCAGGCAAUUUUCCCUGCAGGACAGCGCUCCAUCGAAAGUCUCGUCAAAGC